AUGGAUGAGUCUGUCAGGAACCCUGACUUGCCUGAAGGUUAUGGGGAAGGGGUCCCGCCUUGGCUCAUAGGUCAUGAUGGAGGAUAUGAGGCAGGGUCAUCUGUGAAACGCAGGUAUGCAGAGGUUGUUCCCCCGGGGUCACAUGACCCAAGAGUCAAGCGAGCCAGGCAGGGAGUGGCGGGCUCAGUGCCCAGUGCCCUCGCAGAGAAGCUCGCUCGCAUGAAGACCAAACUUCAGAAGGUGGAGAAGAACCCACGGAAGAAGGAACACCGGCAGAACCACGAAGAACAACGGCAGGCAAAGGUUAAGCAUGGACAAGAAAAAGAUAAGCAGCAUGGACAAGAAAAAGAUAAGCAGCACGGACAAGAAAAAGAUAAGCAGCACGGACAAGAAAAAGAUAAGCAGCACGGACAAGAAAAAGAUAAGCAGCACGGACAAGAAAAAGAUAAAAAGCAUCAGCAGGAAAAUAGUAAAGAACGAAAACAGAAAAAGGAACUAAAAGCCAAAAUAUUGAAAUUCAACAAAAUAAAUUUGUUUCUUAUAAAUCAUUGA